GACGGGACUUUAGCGGGUACACUUUUCGAUGUCGGGUCGACAGCGCAGCCAAGUUGACGAGCGUUGUUUUAGUAAACAGAAAGUCGGCGUGAUUGAAAACAGGGAGUCGCCGAUUCGCUGGUGUAAUUAGUUGUGUAAUUGAAACGACAGCAACACUAGUAUGCGGACUUCGCUUCCGGUUCGUUCUUUUCUCACUUACUUAGCAAAGUCCCGGCAGCGCUAACAAGCCGCCCGAUGCUAACGCUAGCUAGCACAGUCUUCACCAGGAUGCGUCGCGGAGGAGACGGUUCUCCCCUCGUCGUCGCGUCGAGCUGCUCAUAAACAAGAGCAGAAGCAACCAGUGUUUCCGAUGGCGGUGGCUCCCGCCUGGAUGGCGGACAAGAUCAUAGUGCUCGACGACGACGAGGAGGAUAGCCCCCGGCCCUCCUGCGCUGCCCCCGCCUCGUCCCCUGAGCAUCGAGCCAAGCGCGUCUCGUCGCUCAAAGCGCAGCAGCCGGCCCCCACCCACAUUACCCAGUCACCGUUUGCCACAGCGAAGAAGCACACUCAUGUCCUGAAGGCUGAGAAUGAGAGAUUGUUCACUGAGUUUGUGGAGCACUGCUCGGCUCUCACCCAGGACUGCCCCGAGGUGCUGAGCUUCCUCCAAACCAAGCAUGCCAAGGCCUCCCCGGACUACCUGUCCUCCGUGGAGUUCAGGAACGCCUUGGGCCGAUGCUUGACCCGCGCUCAGGCCAACCGCUCGAAAACCUUCGUCUUCAUCAACGAACUGUGCACGGUGCUCAGGCAGCACGCCGUCAAGAGGAGGCAGAGCCUCGUCAAGGUCGAGCCAGGGCCUUCUACCUCAACAUCAAGUACUCUCCAGUCUACCUCUGUUGAAAGUAAAGACAAGACUAAAGGUAAGAAGGACGACGACGAGGAGGAAGGGGAGAAACCCGCAGCAGCAGAAGAUGAACAACCUUCCACCUCAGGGCUGCAGGAGGACAAAGAAGAGGAGGAACAAGAGGAAGCAAAAAAGGCAAAGAGGGCGUCAAGGAAACAGAUAGCGUACCUGGAGAACCUGCUGAAGGUGUACAAUGACGAGAUCAGCCGCCUGCAGCAGGCGGAGCUGAGUCUGGACGACCUGGGAGCCGAGGACUCUAAAUACAUCCAGGAGCACAAGCUCAAGCGCAAGAUGAUGAAAAUCUAUGAAAAACUGUGUGAGCUAAAGGGCUGCAACAUCCUAACGGGCCGAGUCAUCGAGCAGAGGAUCCCCUACAAAAGCACUCGUUAUCCUGAGAUCAACAGAAGGAUCGAGCGCUACAUCAACAGUCCCGAGGCCCAGAGGAACCCUCCCGACUACCAGGACGUCCUGCAGCAGGUGUUGCGUGCCAACGAGCGCCACAAACUGUGCCUGAGCAGGAAGCAGCUGAACCAGAUGGCCCUGGAUGCCUUCAGGGAGACGGGCAGCCAAAUGCAGGAAAGACGCCACCUGGACCUGGUGUACAACUUCGGCUCGCAGCUCACCGAUCACUACAGACCCGCCACGGACCCGGCUCUCUCGGACCCGUCGCUGCAGCGAAAGCUGCGAUCGAACAGGGAGGUGGCGCUGAGCCGCCUGGAGGAGGUCAUCACCAAGUUCUCUGUCAAGCAAGAGGACACGGAGGAGAAGGAGAGGAGCAGGCGACUGGAGAAAGAGGGCAACAAAUCGGAAAAGGGAGAAGGAAACAAAGAGGUGAAUGGAGUGGCAAAGGGGGAAGAGGAAACGGUGCUGGAGGAGGAGGAGCAGGAGGAGGAGGAGGAUGACGACGACGACGAUGAUGAAGAGGAUGACUCAUCAGAUCCCGACAUCGAGGAGGAGAUCCAGGCCAGCGCUCAGCAGGAUGGACCUGACGACAAUGAGAACGAGGAAGACGACAGUAACGAGGCGGAGCAGGCGGGAGAUGACGCCGACAAGGAGGAUCAGACGAACAAGACAUCGGGAAGCGUUAAAGACGACGACGACGAGGAGGAGGAGCAGGUCACGAGUGGACUCAGUCCUCUGUCCGACGACAGCAAGUCCCACAUUUCUCCGCCCGACGUCGCCUCCCCGACAGACAGCCCCAGCCAAUCGGAGCCCAUGCAGACCGAGGCCCAGAGGCCGCUGUCGAAUGGAAAACUCGCCGGGCCGGAGGAGCCCCUGGAUUCCUCCAAUCAGGUCGCGGACGCCUCUCCGGUAGCAGCCAAUGGGCCGUCUUCGCCCCCGCCGUCAGCGGCGACCUCGGAGAAGUCGGGCACGCAGCACACCAUCGGCACGUCGCCGCCGCCGAGCCCCAGAGCCACGAGGAGCGGGAAGAGAAAGAGGGAGGAAGUGACAUCAGAGAAGUCCCACAACUCAAAGCACAUAAUCAUCCAAGACAGCGAGGUCAAUAUCCCUCUGGAUAUGGGCGUUUUUUGCUGCAACUCUCCGCAAGCCGUCCGAGCGCAGACUCCGCCCCAGGACCUGGUGAGCAGCUCGCAGUCGACGCCGCCUCCCAAGAAGAACAAGGUCAACGUGGCGACCCAGUGUGACCCGGAUGAGAUCAUCGUCCUGUCAGACUCCGAGUGACCUUUCACCUUUGACCCCCCAACCCCGUCACUAGUACUGCAGAGAUUCUUCCAUGUCUGUUCUGUGUCCUGGGGGGAAAAAGGCAGAAUAGUUGAGAAAGUGCUGAUAGAAAUCUACAAAGUCAAUAUCAGGAUUUUCAGAAAGACGGGGAAAACUAUAAAUUCUGUACCUCGCGUCACCUGAUCACCAAACAAAAAACAUAACCAUAACUCUUUUCUGUGAACUACUUCAAUAAAAUAAUCAUGAGCUAAUGAUAACAGGGAAGAUUGUGAGCAGGAUGUUUUCUCUUGGGAAAGACCAGAGCUGCGUCAGGCCACGUACACUUUUUUCGUUUUUCAACAUCGGCUGACGUCGACCUCGGCUGAUUCUCUCGUCAUCUUCUGCUUUCAGCACAGACGUCGUGAACGCUACGAGCAGUCUCCUGCCUGUCGGUGCAAAACUACUGAUGCUUCUGUGGUACGAGUCGGUAGUAGCAUGGAAUUUUUUAUAAUUAUUAUUUUUUUGGUUCCAUGACACAAACCCUGGACUCUAGUUUCUGUGCUUCAGAUAAAAAACAAAAACAAACCAGUGCCUGAAAACAUGAACUGCGUUCGCAGUUGGACAUUUGUUUUCUCGAAGGCUGCGACGGCUUCCUGCCGGUUGGUUUAUAUUUUUAUAUUCCACUCGCUUAUUUUUCCAUAAAGAGAGGGACGUGUGUGUGUGUGUGUCUGUCUGUAUGAGACCACAUCGUUUUACUUGCUGUUGCUAUUUAUGAUGUGUUAUGAGUGAGCGACUUGUGUGAACCUGCAUUAGCAGAUUUUUAAUAAAUUGUUUCCCCUCAAACAUAUUUCUUUUUUUUUUCUUCUUUUUUUUCCUUCAUUCACACCAGUGGCUGCUGCAGACUCACCCAAUAGUUUUCCUAUUGAUUAAUGAAUUGAUAUUAUAAUAAUAAUAUGUUAUAUUUUUCUUACUGUGAACAAAUUCCACCACAAAAAAGACCAAAACUUGACACUGUACUUUCAGUCCGACACACCAACCUGAUGCUGGAAAUAUUCACCAGAGCAUUAAAUCAAGAGGAACAUUGUGUCUUUUCUUAGUAAUAUUUGCUAACAAAAUCCCCUAAAAAAUGUGAUUUUCAAACUAUUUACUUAUGACUCAAUUUUAAAGAUUUACAUCUGCAGCAGGUCCUUUGGUCUUUUUUUAUGGCUUUUUUUUGACAAUAAGGGAAACACAGGAUAUUGCCAGGUUUAUUAUGCUUUAGGAUUCUUUUAUCCUGAUAAACACUUUUUUUUCUCUUUCACCUGAAUUCUGAAUUUUAUAAAAAUUUUACCACGUGAAAUUAUAUUUUUUGGGGGGGGAAAUGCUCAUUUCAUUCACUGUGAAUCUGUUUCCUUUUCUUAAUUUUUGAUAAAAUAAAAUGAUAAGUUUUGUAACA